CAUUAAUACACAGCAGCUGAGUCAAAACUAAGACAGAAAUAGGAAACCCACCUCACCAGUGAUCUUCAGAACUGCUCGACCCCCAUGACAACUGAAGACUAUGACCAAAUUACCUCGUUCCUGGGGGAAUGGGGCACUUUCCAGUGGACUGUGUUCCUACUGCUCAGCCUGAGUACUGUGCCCAAUGGCUAUGCGGGAAUGUCCAUGGUCUUCCUCUCAGAUACGCCGGCACAUCACUGCAAACUACCUCUCCUAAAUGGGAGCCUUGAAAACCUUACAUGGGCUAUACCUGAAAAAGAAAUCGAGGGAGUAACAAGGCCCAGCACGUGCUCUCGCUACAAAUGGAUUAAUAAUACUGGGGCCCAGCUCAGCAAUGUAACAGAGGGCUGUUUGGAUGGAUGGGAAUACAGCACUGACCAGUAUGACAACACCAUAGUAACAGAGUGGAACCUUGUGUGUGAGGAAUCCUGGAAGGUGCCAUUCAGUCUGUCCAUCUUUUUCAUGGGUGUGCUGACUGGUUCAUUCAUAUCUGGUCAGAUUUCAGACAGAUUUGGACGUAAGGUGACCCUGUUUGUGACAAUGGCAGUGCAGACUCUGUCCAGCCUUGUGCAAGUGGCAUCUUUCAGCUGGGAAAUGUUUUGCGUUUUCUUCUUCAUCACAGGCAUUGGACAGAUCUCUAACUAUGUGGCAGCCUACGUUUUAGGUUGCGAACUGCUAGGGAAAUCCUCACGAGUGACUUUCUCAACCCUGGGAGUCUGUGUCUUUUAUGGAAUAGGAUAUGCUCUCCUUCCACUCUUUGCCUACUUCAUUCGAAGCUGGAGAGUGUUGUUGGCCGCUCUCUCUUUACCAGGACUUCUCUACAUCCCCCUCUGGUGGUUCAUCCCUGAGUCUCCUCGUUGGUUACUGACGAAAGGUCGCGUUGAAGAAGCUGAGGCUAUACUUCGUGCUGCUGCAAAGAAAAAUGGCAUCACUCCACCUGCUGUUAUUUUCAAGCAAGCGAAACAUCUAGUACAUAAGGGAGAACUGAAAAAUGAGCCCACCUAUACAUAUUUGGACUUGGUCCGGACAAGAAAGAUGAGAAAUGUAACUGUGCUUAAUUGUGCCAUAUGGUUUAUCAUUACCAUUAGCUACUUUGGCCUAUCCCUAAAUACCCCAAACAUGCAUGGAGACCCUUACCUGAACUGCCUUCUGUUUGCUGUCAUGGAGAUCGCGGCUUCUGUUGGGGUGUGGCUGGUGCUCAAGGUGGUUCCUCGACGUAUCGUUAUUGCCACGACCUUAAUGACGGCGGGAACAGUACUGCUGUUCAUUCACCUUAUCUCAACGGAGUACAGUGUUCUUGGUGUGGUUCUGGCAAUGUCUGCUAAAUUUGGGAUCACUGCGGCCUUCUCAGUGCUCUACGUUUCAGCUGCAGAGCAGUUCCCUACUGUAGUGAGAGGAAUGGGGAUGGGUCUCUGCUCCAUGUCUUCCAAAAUUGGAAGCACAAUUUCACCAUUUUUCCCAUAUAUGGGUCAGUAUAACAAAGUCCUUCCCUACAUCUUAAUGGGGUUCCUGACGGUGUCAGCAGGAUUGCUAAGCGUACUGAUCCCAGAAACCAGUGGCAUUGAUCUCCCAGAGGAUCUCUCUCAAGUGCAAACACUGAACUGGUGCUGUUUGUGGUGUAAAAAGCAACCCAAAGCAAUCCAAACCUGCAAGACAUUCCAGAACACUAGUAGCAUGGAGAAUAGUCAAUUAUCAUGUGUCUGAUUCCAUGCAAAACAGAGGCUGUGUUUUGUUUUGCAACCUCAGGACUUUUACUGAAGUUUUUUUUUUUUUCCAAGAUUUCUUUUUCUAAAGGGCAGAAGUUUACAAAGCAAUAGCUAAUCUCAGUAACUCUACAAUCAAUUUUUCUAAAAAAAAAAAAAAAAUUAAAUGUAUCUACAUAAUUUAAUAUUUCAUAUGUUACAGUUUUCCCUAGAUGUAUGCACCCAGUGACUGAAUGUGCAGACCCAACAUUUUGAUAUAUCAGUUCUCUGCCAUAAACCAUAUAUGCAAAAGUA